CAUGGCUACUCUACUUAUCAUUUUGGGUCUCCUUGCUUCGUUCCUAGAUACAACAGAAUCACAAAUUGGAGUAAGUUAUGGAAUGUUUGGCAACAAUCUUCCGUCAGAGACAGAUGCCAUAAGUUUAUAUAACUCAAACGACAUUAGGAUGAUGCGACUUUAUUUUCCUAACCAAGCCGCUCUACAAGCAUUGAGGGGAUCCAACAUUGAGGUUAUGGUAGGGGUCCAGAAUUCAGAGCUUUCAUACGUUGCUGCAAGUCGCAACAAUUCAUUUGAUUGGGUAUCGAGAAACAUUGUGACUUAUUCUGAUGUCAAGUUCCGUUACAUAUCAGUUGGAAAUGAGGUUAACCCGUCUGAUGGCACGUUGGCUCCGUUGGUGUAUAUUGCAUUGACCAACAUCCGUGAAGCAGUUGUGUUUUAUGGCCUCGGGAAUCAAAUCAAAGUUUCAACUGCAAUUGACACGACCUUGAUCGGAGCCAAUUAUCCUCCGUCACAAGGUGCAUUUAAGGCUGAAGUUAGGGCUUACAUUGACCCGAUCAUCGCAUUCCUAGUCGCGAACAAUGCGCCAUUGUUAGUCAAUGUCUUUCCAUAUUUUAGUUAUGUGGACAAUCCGGUAGACAUAUCGCUAGCCUAUGCUACUUUUACUUCUCCAAGUAUCGUAGUUCAAGACGGAGCACAUGGAUAUCAAAACCUUUUUGACGCAAUAGUAGAUGUGGUGUACUCAGCAUUAGAGAAAGCUGGGGGGCCUUGGGUAGAAAUCGUGGUGUCUGAAACCGGAUGGCCAUCAGCUGGUGCAUCUGCAGCAACAUUUAAUAAUGCACGCACGUACUUAAGAAAUAUGGUUGCACAUGCGCGAUGGGGCACGCCUAAGAGGCCAGGAAGAGCCAUACAGACAUACUUAUUCUCCAUGUUCGAUGAGAACAAUAAGGAACCUCAGAUCGAGAAAAACUUUGGAUUGUUUUAUCCAAAUCAAACAACAAAGUACAACCUUUGUUUCAAUUGAUCCAAAAAGGGUUCGAGUCGAUUUCGAGUUGGUUUAUCAUGUUCUUGAUGAACAUAAAGCGUACUUCGGAGGGUGAAUUUGAACAUUUUCCAUGCUUAAUGAUGUAUUUGUAUUUUCUUAUUUGAACAUUUUCCAUGCUUAAUGUUAAUGAUGUAUUUGUAUUUUCUUGUAUGACUACAAUAAAUUUAAAAAUAAAAAGCCCAAA